AUGAGCUACAUCCACGCCAGGCGCCAGAUCGCCCACCAACGCCGCGCUGGAAACAGCUCGCAGCUGUUGUCCCAGCUCUACAGGAAGUGGCGGAAGGCGCAGAAGAAGCUCCAGACGGGAGAUGUCCCCGGCUCGGCGCGCAUCUGCAGCACCAUCGGAAUGCCACCCCGGGCCCCGUCCCCAUCCUCGUCCGUCCAGAUGGCCACUACUGGUCCGCUGGUUCGGCCCUCAUCUCCCUCCGCGCAACUGCAAGCCGGACCAUCGUCCGAGAUUGACGACAGCGACUCUCUCAUUCGCACCGCCAACUCAGACGAAUCGGCCGACUCUUCAUCGGGGCUCCUGGUGACGAGGCCCACCUAUCGCUUACAUUCAGGUGCAUACGCUACCUCGUCCUCUUCUGCCUUAGGAAGGCACAGAACGUCUGUACGUAGGCUCUGGACCCAUGUAUCUCAACCUCGCUACGGCGACUUGACCAGGUCUUGA